ACUGUGAUAUUUUUAUUGAAGGUUCAAACCCUCAAAGAGCGUGGAAAUACAUGUGUUAAAGAACAAAAAUAUGCAGAGGCUAUGUUCCAUUACACACAUGCAAUUAAACUUGAUCCGCAAAAUUACUCUUUGUAUAGUAAUCGGUCGUAUGCCUUCUUAAAAAUGCAACAGUAUCACUUUGCAAUGGAAGAUGCUUUAAUGACGAUUCAAUUAAAGCCUGAUUGGACCAAGGGUUAUUUUAGAAAGGCUGAAGUGGAAUCACAAACAUUUCGCUUUAGUGAAGCACUUCAGUCAUACAAUAAGGCAUUAUCUCUUCAACCAAACGAACCAACAAUUUUAGAUGCAAUGAACAAAGUAUCCAGAUUAUUAAUAAAAGAUAAAAGAGCUGAUCAACAGAUACCUUGGCUUGGAGCUGGUGUCGGUAUCAUACUAGGAGUAAUAGUCGUAAUUGCUGACUAUGUUUUUACAAAUAAACCUUCAUUAACGCAUCCCCUAUUGAUGGCCUUAUUGACAAUGUCUAUAGCAAUGUUAGGAUACGGUAUUGCAAAAGGAUUCCGCUACUUUGUGAAGUGUCAAAGAAAAUCACUAUUGGAACCACCAAUGGAUCUAUUUGGCGAAAAUAAAGAACAAAUUGAUGGUGUUGAUGCUGAAAUGAAUAAUGAAAAAGAAAAGCAUCCCAAGGGCACAGGGCUGAGGGCUGAGGGCUCGACAGAGCCUGGAAUAACGUUUACGGGACGGCCGCGGGCUAGCCCAGCAAUGGAACAAACGAAAACUCCCGCGUCCCGGCUACUCAGCACGAGUUGCAUAGAGAAUAAGGACGACUUGGAAGAGAAAUUUGAAAGAUGUUAUACAGUGCUUCAAAACCUGACUGCAGGACUGUCAGAAAAGGAAGCCCAUGAUACCUUGAACAAUGCUGUGUGUAAAGACAAAACGCAUGAAGAAGUUUCGUUGGGGUUGUUAGUGGUUAUUCUGACGGAUCCUCAAAGUGCUGCUAAAAGUUACAGAGACUUGACUUUAAUUACGCGAGAUGGUCUCGCAAUUGUUUUAGGACAUCUUAAUCAAUUAGUACUUGAAAGAUACCUGCGAUUAAAUGAUGUAACAAGAAGCCAGUUAUUAUGGCUUGUGAGGGAAAUGAUAAGAACUAGUGUAGCUGGUGUGGAUAAUCUUUGUUUAAGUUUGUUGAGGCAUGCUGCUGGUGGUGAUAUUUCGCCAAGAAACUUGUUUCUAGUUGAUGCCCUUUUGGAUAUAUUUCAAGAAAAUCGCCCUUGGCUAGAUAAGUUUCCCUUUUUAGUGGCAUCUAUUGUUUAUACCUAUCUGCGGUUAAUAGAAGAUCAUAAUGCACCUCAUUUAUCUGGAUUACGCCAAAAGGAAGUUACUUUUACUGUAUCUUUAAUAAGGGAACGCAUGGUUGAUUGUUUGGUUAUUGGAAGGGAUUUGGUACGAUUGUUGCAAAAUGUAGCAAGAAUACCAGAAUUUGAAGCACUUUGGAAAGAUAUGCUUCUCAAUCCAAAAUCUCUUUGUCCGAAUUUCAGUGGAGUUUUACAACUUUUACAAACUCGAACUUCUAGAAGGUUUCUACAGUCCAGACUUACACCUGACAUGGAAAGGAAAUUAGUAUUUUUAACAAGUCAAGUGCGUUUUGGUAACCACAAACGGUACCAAGAUUGGUUCCAAAGACAGUACCUGGCCACACCUGAAUCGCAGUCAUUAAGAUGUGAUCUUAUACGAUUUAUUGUUGGCGUGAUUCAUCCAACAAAUGAGUUAUUGUGUUCAGAUAUUAUACCACGAUGGGCAGUAAUAGGAUGGUUAUUCACCACUUGUACGUCAACUGUGGCUGCAAGCAAUGCUAAAUUGGCUUUAUUUUAUGAUUGGUUAUUUUUUGAACCAGAGAAAGAUAACAUUAUGAAUAUUGAACCUGCAAUUCUUGUUAUGCACAAUUCUAUGAGGUCUCAUCCACCUGUCACUGCCACGUUGUUAGACUUUUUAUGCAGGAUAAUACCAAACUUCUAUCCACCUUUAACGGAGAAAGUGAGGAAUGGAAUCUUUUCAUCAUUAAGGCAAAUUUUAGAGAAACGUGUUUUACCAAGUCUUUAUCCGCUAUUUGAUAGUCCCAAAUUAGACCGUGAAUUGAGAAGUAAAAUAAGGGAAACAUUUAAAGAAUUUUGUUUACCACCUAAUGCAGAUCUUGGUAAAAUGGAAGAACUUAAUAAGGACCUAACACCAGGAGUUCCAUUGGAGAAUGCAGGAAAUACAAGUAUUGAAAACAAUCACGUGAGUCAAGAUCCAGAACCGGCUUUCAGUGACGAAGAAGAAGAAAUGCCAUUAAGGAUAGUGACCAAAGUUGAAGAGGAAGACGAAGAAGAUGUUCCCUUGGCGAAUGUGAAAUUGAAAAACGAACAAAAAAAUGCAAAUUGUGUGGUGAAAAAAGUAGACAUUACAUCUCAAUUAAACUUAAUCUUAGAACCAGAAGAAUUAAGGACGGCUGUAGAAAGCUUGCACAGUGAAACGGACAAUGAAGUGAGGUGUCAAACAAUGGAAAGGAUAGUACAAAUGGUGGUAGAAGAUGAAAUCGACGCAGAAACUAUACCAGCAUUGGCUUCGUGCAUAUCAACUAUAUUAUCGUCACAAAUUACGUCCCAAAUAUUCCCAACGGAUAAUUUGAAUGAAGAAACCUUGACUGAUAGUAUAAGUACACCGUUGUUUGUUAUGUUUCGAAAUCAAUUUCAGUUAUGUAAAGAAGAGGACAAUAGGCGAAAACUCUUAGCUCGAGUACUUGCGGAGCUGCAAACUGUUCAACCAAGGAUAGGUUACCUAUUACUUUACUUUUUAAAAGUCUGGGGCAGAGAAGAAGAAAAGCGAGAAGGUGAACCAAGUAACGUAUUAAAUGAUGUUAAAGCAUCUGUAUAUAAAGAUUUCUGUGCGCAUCGAGAGAAAAAGUUGGAUGCAUGUUUAGUGUCAGAUUUGAAGCUCUGCCAUGAAGACAACAUAUUUAUGCUGUGUUAUCUUGUGCCUGAUGUAUACAUGGAAUUCCAAAAUGUGGCUCUAGGAAACGUACAACUCUUACAUUUGGUUGUAUCGACUGUCGAUGCUUGCCAACUCCAAGAAUUAGUUUGUCAAAUAAUGCAGGGGCACCUGAAGAUGUUAAAAAAGGAAUCAUUCACGUCACUGUUGACAGCUAGUUUAAAUUGGGAGACAUUUGAACAGUAUUGUUUCUGGCAAUUAAUUUUUGCCCAUGACUUCCCAAUUGAUUACGUACUGCCUGUUUUACCUAAAUUGCAAUUUCGCGAUCAUGCGGAAGCACUUACAUCGAUACUGUUUAUGCUUAAACAAGAAAAGCCGACAUUAGAACUUCUGCGACAAUUGCUUACACGACAAAAUGUGGAUGGAGACAUGUUCGUUGUCGCGGCAUUGCGCUACUGGUGUCGCGAUUACGAAGAGAAACUCGGUGAAUUGCUCGCAAAUCUUUUAAGUACUCGUUAUCCUGCUACUAGUCCAAACAAACGGAAACGAUCGAGCGGCAAGCACAAUCAGCAACCUGGUCCACCUUCCGGCGAACAAGUUCUCGGACAUCUAGAUCAAUUACGACAACAUUGCACAUCCUCCGCGGAGUUGCAGCUUUAUCAUUCCGAAGGGAUGCAAAGAGCUCUGCAACAAGCACAAGCGGCUAGUAGCGAUUCCUUAAGGAAAAGUUACGGAGACUUAUUUGCACUGGCGGAAGUAAAUGAAGAAAACGAACCUCCUCCGCCUCCGCCGACAAGUUCAGCACGAAAACAUGCGGCAGCUUCGGCUGGAGGUGGCGGAGGCGCUGGUAAAGGAGGUCAUAGAAAAACUGGUGCUAAUACGAGGGAAAGGUCUAGUUCGAAAAGGCCGCUUCCUCGGUAUCAUAUUGGCAGUACAUCCAGUAGUGAGGAGGAGGAAAUCGUGAACUUAAAACAAGCGAAAAAGAGAAAAAAGAUUAAUGCAGUGGGCUCUGACAGCGACUGACCACCCAGUGUCUUCAAAUGUCACAUGGACCACGUCACGUGUGUGCAGCAAGCUAAACUAGCCUUAAGAAUAGUAAGAUAAUAUAGUAUAUACAUAAUAGAUAUAUUUAGCGCGACUUGUAAAUAUAGUGCGUGUCCGAGAGUGAAUGCGAAACUAUACUGAUAAAUAAGGACCCUAGCACAUAUUUCGCAAACACGGUAUACAGGCAACGUUGCCAGGCUCUAUUUCCAUUUAAUUUCGUUAUUUGUGCCGAGCGCGUUCUAACGUGAAAUGUGGUUAGAACGCAUGUGAUAUUUAACGAGAGGGAAAUUUAUAAAUACUGGUUAUAGCUUUUCUAGGUAAACGCAUAUGUGACAGAUGAACUUGUUCGUGGGAUAGAUCUGUGUAUUCUAGACAUUCUCAAAGUUGUGAAAAAAGAAGAUUUUACCCGUGUGUCUGUCAGAUAAAGUUACCGAGAGGCAAGACUAGUCAUGAAUUAAAUUAUUUUCAUAUACUCUUAAAUGUAUAAACACAUGAAUUUAAGAGGGGAACACUGAAUCUGGCAACGUUGCGAACAGAGGGGGGUAAAGCGACACGAAACAUGUGUCUCCGUGAUCACUUUAUUUCUAGCAAAGGGAAACAAUCGUCGGCCAUCUUAUGAACAUUGUGAAGGUCGACGUCAAACAACAAUACAGGCACGAUUGUGCUUAGUUUUUACCAAUAAUUUGUUUAUUAAUUUUUCGACUAGUAUGGU